AACUCAAAUGAAACGUUUAGGCAAAACAGAAAGCCAUUGAUGAGUGACGCAAUUUUAUGUGAGAUGUAUUCAUUUCAGUCGGCAACCAACUAUUUAUAUAACGGGGCAGUACUGUCGUCUCACCUGCAUUGAUCGUUAGGCUGGAUUUCUGGGUACAUAAACACUUUGUGGCUCUCAAAUCCUUGAUGCAGAAAAUAUUUUAGUCGGAGAAUUACUUCUGUUCAAAAUUUACGGGAUUAUGGCAUCCUCGGUACUCUGUGAUAAAAAGCUACGAGAAAUCUUACAAAAAUACGACCCAAACCUCCGCAUAACAUCGUACCGAGUAAAACUAUUGCACUCAUUGUACUUGUCUGAAAUACACCGGAUAGAAGCCAACUUUGAAAAAGAUGGUGAACAAUUCCAAACUUUUUUCAUAGUCAAAACCGUGCCUCUCAACAAUUCGCAGGGGAUGAAAACUGUGGCAGAAGCCAACCUAUUUUACAGAGAAGCUUUAAUGUACAAGGUUUUGUUGCCCAGACUGAAACAAGAGUUUGGAUUCAACGCUUUUCCACGAAUGUUGGACGCCUCAAGCAAUGGAGUGGACGAUUAUAUUGCACUCCUGGAUUUGACGUUGGACGGAUUUCGAAUGGUUGAUCGUCUAAAAGGACUUGAUUGGGAUCACUCCUUAAUGACAAUACAGGCCCUCGCAAAAUUGCAUGCUUCGACAUACUGUUUAUACGGUGGGGACGGGAAAAGUAUUUUGGCCGAUUUUCCAUGCUUUGUAGAAAAGUUUAGCAGGUUGGAAACCAGUACGAGGAACACCAUGUUUGAGAUGGAGAAGAUGCUAAAGGACAACGGGUUGGAACAUUUGGUGUCCCGAGUCCUUAAAUCUAUGGGACAUGAAGGAUUCGCAAAGGUAGUUUCGCUCUUCGAAACUAUACCCACUGAAUUUCCAUCAGUAAUAAAUCAUGGCGACUUGUGGACGUGCAAUAUGUUCUUUAAAUAUGGAGAAAACGACAAAGAAAAUCCAUUGGAGGUCAAGUUUUUGGAUUACCAAAUGCCACUGAUUAGUUCCAGGUGUUUUGAUUUAUCGUACUUCAUAUUCAUCAGCGCUGACAUAAAAGUUUUAAACGAGCGGAUGAUGGAGUUGCUUCGCUCCUAUUUUGAAGCAUUUAAUGCCUUAUGUGGUCAAUUUGGUGCAAAGUUGCCACUUGAAUUUAAUGGAAUUGAACUGUCUUGGGAAUAUUUUCUAAAAGAGUGGAACAUUUACCGUGACAUUGGCCUCCUGUGCGCCUUGCGACUUGUUCCUCUCAUGUAUUGGGAGCCUAAAACCACCAAUGACUCCGCUAUUCAGCUAUUCGUGUCAGACGACAAGGAAGCCAAUGGACAGAAAGAAGUCCGUGAAACAAUUUGGAGUUCGAGAAUUAUGAAAGAAAAGCUACUCAACUUGAUUGAAAAUCAUAUUCCUAAUUAAAGUUCAGUUAUGAAAUACUAAUUCAAGUAGGGUAUAUAUGUAAAUUAAUAAACUCAUGAUAAACGAACCAAAGAAAGCACAUGUAAAUAAAUUUAUAAAUUUAAUGUUUUUAUUACAUAUUCAUUUUGAACAAAAAUUUCCAUAA